CUUGUCACGUGGUUUAAAAACUUCAGCAGGAUGGCGCGGAAAGUCAUUACUGGAGCACACGGCUGAGGUUUCAGUUUAUGAGGAUUUUAUUUAUACUUUUUACAGGCGGCACUGACAUUAUCAAUCAUGAGUGUGCUGGAGGUGAAGUUCGUCGGGGAUGGAGAUGUUCUGGAGCACAUCGUGGACAAACAGGAAGGUGUGCAGAGCGGCGGCAGCAGCAGCUCUGUUCAGAAGAUGGUGAAGUUUAAGAGUCCAGCUGGUCGACGGGGAGGCAGAGAGGAUGCAGAGCAGGAUGGGGCUGAAAAUGGAUUCCUCGAUGAGCAGAAUUACAUCCAAGCUUUAGGAACAGACAACGCAGAAGAAGACGAUGAUGGUUUGUCAAGAGUGGCUGGAUCCUCCAUUUUCACUUUUCAGAAAGUCAAACGCAGCCACAGCAUGGCUCAGACUGCAAGUGAGUUGGCUCGGACUCCUGGGAAAAGUGUCACCUUCAGCACGACCCCAAACGCUGAACCCUGCACUCCCACUCGCACAGGACGCAACCAGAGAGGUGAAAGCAGGACGCCGCAGAGGAGGAAGAAGGUCCAGUUUGUGUCCACAACACCACACAGGCUCAGGAAGAGAAUGACAACUCCGAGCCUCCGAUCGGACAGUGACAGCGAUCUGUCGCCGUCUGACUCUGAGGAGGAGGAUGAUGAUGAUGAAGAGGGGAUGGAGGAAGGCCAGAAAGUAAAGAAAGAGGACAAGGAGAAUGUGAAAACCCCAAGAACUCCCAGCAGAGGUUUAUCUGCAGCUCUCUACAAGACUCCAGCCAAGAAGAGCAAGAACGCACCGGAACCUCUGAGCCAGCCCAGCAUGAUCGAGGAGUACUUUGAAGCUCACGGCAGUUCAAAAGUCCUCACAUCAGACCGCACUCUCGAGCGUUUACACACGCCUAAGCUCGACAGGGAGACGUUGGUGCGGCUCUUAGGAGGGAAACCAUCCUGCUACUCAAAGGAGAUUCAGCAGCUGCACAACAAACACCAAAAGCACUUUAGCAAAUGGAUGUUACAGUUACAGUUGGGAUUCAGUGUUCUGGUCUACGGUUUGGGCAGCAAAAAAGCUCUGCUGGAGGACUUCCGUGUGUCUCAUUUGUCUCAAGAAAUCCACCUGGUGGUCAAUGGAUUUUUCCCUUCAAUUACUCUUAAAUCGAUAUUAAACGCUCUAACGUGUGAGGUUCUUGAGCACCAGGGAAGUUUCCGAACACCCUCAGACCAGAUCCAGUUUAUCGCUCAGACCCUUAAAGACAGCCCAGAUCUCCACGUGUACCUGCUCAUCCAUAACAUCGACGGACCAAUGCUGCGAGGAGAGAAGACCCAGAGUGCACUGGGGCAGCUGGCGUCCCUCCCCAACCUGCACCUGGUGGCUUCUUUGGACCACAUCAACGCUCCAAUGGUGUGGGACCAGUUUAAGCAGAGUCAGUUCAACUGGCUGUGGUGGGAGUGUGUGACGUUCCAGCACUACGCCGAGGAGACGUCGUAUGAAAACUCUCUACUGGUGCAGCAGACCGGCGCUCUCGCUCUGUCCUCCCUCACACAUGUGCUGCGCAGCUUGACACCCAACGCAAGGGGAAUCUUUAAGCUGCUGGUAAAAUUCCAGCUGGAAAACAAAGACAAUCCUUCAUACACAGGAUUGUCUUUCCAGGAUUUCUACCAGCGUUGUCGAGAGGCCUUCUUGGUGAACUCUGACCUCACGCUGAGGACUCAGCUGACCGAGUUCAGAGACCACAAACUGAUACGGACACGCAAGGGUGCAGAUGGAGUGGAGUACCUGGUCGUCGCUGUGGACGCGAGCACGUUGAUGGAUUUCCUGGAGAACGAGGAGGGCGACUGAGGAGACAAAACUUCAGACUUAUGAACUCUCUUUUCCAGCAGAAACUCAAGCUGAAUGAGCCACUGAUAUAAAGGCGCUGUUACAUCUGAUUAACAUACGACAGGAACCAGCCUGUGGGCUCUGCACAGCUUAAAUUAGUGGUUUAUAUUAAAUUGCUAGUAGCAUGUUUUGACCUGUCCUAAAUGCCCCACUGCAGCACUGUGACGUUCACAUUGUGCUUUGAUGUACACGUUCACAGCUGACAUCUGUGUAAUUAAAAGCAACACUUGAAUGAA